CUUUCGUCGAGCCGGUUCGGGAGAGAAGUGAACCGAUAAGGAAAUAUUAAACGGCAACGAAGUUGCGAAAUUCAUAGACAUUUGCGAGUUCUUGGACCGACGAUCUUCUUAUAAAAACAAAUUUAAAUAAAGAACAAACAAACUGGUGACUCCAGUUGAUGAAAGAUUUUUCAAAACUACGCUGUACGAGAAAAUAUUCAAAUUCCAAUCUCGUGGAACGAUGUUUAAUGAGAAUUUGAAAUUUUUCUCACGAACGUGCAACUCAAUUUUGAUGGAUAUGAAAUAACAUUUAAUAAAGUAUGUUGAAAAUCAGCUGUGUCAAACAAUGUAUCGAUGUCAUUAUUGUAAAUGAAUGUCUAACUGUAACUGAAGACUGUUGUGUUCGCAAGGUGUAAACACGUGAGUGGUAACUAACUCGAAAGACGAGAUGAACAUAUUGCCGUUCAUUCGUCGUUGUGUGGCGGUUUAGUGUGCCCUUCCGGGGAAAUUGCUGUCAGAGACAUAAAGGCAUGGCGAUCUGAGGUGCUGGAGCAGAGAGAAGAUCGAGAGACUGAUUCACCGGUGAAAAUGUGGAAAACGCAUCGACAAUUAGAUUCGUGGGAACCGAUAAUGACGACGAGUUUCCGAAGGUUUCGAGAGACCGAGAAUCCGUGCCCGACUGAGUUUUGCGUAUGAAAGUUAAAAAUGGGAGGAUCAAAUAUAAUGAAUGUAGUAACGAGCACGAGCGCAACGUCGAUGUUGUUGCCUCCAUGCGACAACGCGACAUUGGACUGGAGCACGAACGAUCUAGGCACUCAGCAACCAUUAUCAGCGAUCGUGACUGUAAGCGAUGUAUUGACGAAUGUAAACUGUCUUCAACAUGCGCCAAAAUUGACCCACGGUGCAUACUUGAAAGCCAUUAUUCUGGGGGUCAUGGCAGUACUGAGCCUCAUAGGAAACGCUGCAACGAUUUGGUCCAUUACGAAAAAUCGUCGCAAGCGACACGGAUGUUCAGCCAUUUAUAUCCUCAUUCUGCAUCUAUCGAUCGCAGAUUUACUCGUCACAGUUUUUUGCAUCGGUGGUGAGGCUAUUUGGAGCUACACGGUUGCGUGGCUGCUCGACAACGUCACUUGCAAGCUUUUCAAAUUCCUUCAAAUGUUCAGCCUCUAUCUGAGCACAUUUGUACUCGUGCUCAUCGGCGUUGAUCGAUUUAUCGCGGUUCGUUAUCCGAUGAGAAGUCUCAAUACGUCCCAACGAUGCAAUCGUCUCAUCUCUUACACGUGGAUAUUGUCGUUCGUUCUUAGCAUACCGCAGCUCGUAAUUUUCCACGUUGCUAAAGGACCAUUCUACGAGGAAUUCUCACAAUGCGUAACGCACGGUUUCUACACCGAAGCAUGGCAGGAACAACUCUACACUACUUUAAGCCUAGUUUUUAUGUUCGUACUGCCACUCUUGAUUCUCAUCACAACUUAUGUCUCUACGGUGAUUACCAUAGCACAAAGUGAAAAGGCAUUCAAAUCGGAGCUGGCGAAUAACAACAACAGUCAAUUAUCCGGUGACGUGAAUCGUCGAAGAUUGAUAAAUCGAGCAAAAACCAAGUCGUUGAGGCUGAGCAUCGUAAUUGUAGCUGCAUUCGUAAUAUGGUGGACCCCCUAUUACACGAUGAUGAUAAUAUUCAUGUUUCUCAAUCCGGACGAGCACCUGAGCGAGGAAAUGCAGAGGGGAAUAUUCUUUUUCGGGAUGAGCAACAGCCUGGUAAAUCCACUCAUCUACGGGGCGUUUCAUUUGUGGCCUCGGAAGAGAAAAAAUCAAGAAAGUCAUUACAGAGACGGUUCAACGAUGCAUCAUCGGAGCAUAGCAACGAACGCGAGUUUUGUAGGAGGCACUCGGAACAAUAGUGUGCGUUAUAUUCGACCACAGAACAAGUGUUCCACUCCGAAUUUACUCGGAGCUUCAAAUCCGACUGACGAAACGGUUCUGGUGCAGUUAAUAAACGAGCACAAAAGCAACAACGAAAAAAAAAAUGGCUCAAGACCAACGAGAAUAAUAUUGCGCUACAAUUCUAACGAAAACCGUGAUUCCGAGAGCAAACUUAUACUCGAACAACACAAUUGAGGAUUAACCGAUGCACAUUUGUGCUUGCCAAUUAUCUUAUUACAUCGAAAUUUCAGUACUUACAGGGACUCACUGAAAAAACUGAUAUUAUGCAGCCUCCUUUGAGCCGAUGCGAAGAACAUUCCUAGCUACGAUAAAAUAUUAUCACAAAUCGUUUGUUUUUUUUAUCGACACGAAAUUUUUUAGACUCUUUUAAAAUUUUUUUCACAUUUGUUUCCGAAAUUUUGAAAAAAAAAAACGCGAAUUGAGAAUGCUUCCAAUCCAAGUCAAUGCUCAAGUUCAUCAAACAUUUGCCAAGCUUGUAUUUGACGACGAAAGAAAAAAACAAAUUUCUCAUAAUUUCUUGCCGAAUGAUUUUGAGCUGCAACAACAACGUGAUAAUAUUUGGCAAAUAAUUGUUCGAGCAACGGAAUCUUUUGCUGUGAAAAUGCUAAGGAUUUUAACACAAUUGCAAAUUUCCGGGAUCGUCAUGCGAGGAAAUUCGAAGCUACGAAAGAUCCCCAACUCGAGUUGAACCUCGAAUCGAUCGAUGAGAAACUGUUUUAAUUAUAAUUAUCCGGACAAUGUGUCUUUUGAUUCUGCAGUAUUAGACGCGAAACGAAGAAAGUUUUGCAUGUUGACUCUCAGAGAAAUUUCGAUCGUCGGAAUUUCGACGUAUUAUUAACGCACCUGUCGAUCGCCCUAUCCACAAGAUUUCACGUCAAAAAUCUAUUCGCACGAUCGCAAAUUCUAAUUAACUUAACGAUUUUUUAAAUAACUAUUAUUUAUGCAAAAGCGCUCUCUAAAAUAGCGUCUGAGCUUGAUGUAAUUAUACCGAUUUUAUAAUAAAAAUUCAAAAAAAUUAA